UCUCCGCCCCGCAAAGGUGUUAUUCUGCUCUACAGAUACCGAAUGUGAGGGCUGUAAAGUAUAUCUGACUGAAUCAAAGUAGGACAGAAGGAAAAGUACCAUAGGAAGUACAAUGGCAGAUGGAAAUAAAGUGCUUUUAGAAAGAUAUGAGGAGGUAGCUAAAGUAACCAAGCCGGAAAACCCCGAAGGUCUGAUUCUACAUUAUCGGGGAUACCAAUACCCUUCCAAACUGUGCAGCACUGACACGUUUCAGGCACUGGAGAAGUUAGAGGCUCGAAAAGAAGAUGUCUUGCUGCUUGCUUAUCCAAAAUGCGGAUAUAACUGGGUCAAGCAGCUUCUUCAUGAAAUAGUUGCAUAUGUUAAUCCUAAAACUAAAGAAGAUGAAGAUUAUGUUAUUGUUCCGAUGUUAGAAUUUGAAAGACCGGAGAGACUGCAGAAAGCAAAAAAGUCACCGUCUCCAAGAGUGUUUGGUGCUCACCUCUGUUAUGAUGAAAUCCCUGUGUCUUUCUUUGAGAAGAAAACAAAGAUGCUUGUGGUGUUCAGGAACCCCAAAGAUACAGCAGUUUCAUACUUCCAUUUCUGUAAUGGUCUUCCUGUUCUUCCAUCAUCAACAUGGGAUGAAUUUUUCAACAAGUUCAUGGCAGGAGAUGUAUGUUGGGGGUCAUACUUCAACUAUGCAUUAACCUGGAAUAAACAUAUAGACGAUGAGAACGUGUUAAUCAUAACAUAUGAAGACCUGAAAAUGAAUCUUGGUGAACAACUAAAACAGAUAACAGAAUUUUAUGGCUUCACACUCUCUGAAGAACAGCUUCAAGUUAUUGUUAAUGGUGGCACUUUUACUUCUAUGAAGGAGAGCAGUAAAGAAGUAAUGGGGCCUUUUUGUGAUGUUGUUUUUCGUAAAGGUGAAAUAGGAGACUGGAAGAACUAUUUCACUGAAGCUCAGAGCAAGGAGAUGGAUGCCAAGUUUGAAGAGUGUCUUGCAGGAACAAAGCUUGGGAAAAAGUUGAAUUAUGAUUUAUACUGCAAGGCUUGAACUUAAAGUUGAAAUGGAAGACAACUGUAGCCAGGUGAACUGCAAAGUGAUACUUGAUGGACUGCAACUAGCUGUUUAGUAUAGUAUAUUGAGGCCAGAGUCCUUAAUAUGACAUAAUAGUUGUCCUUCCUUAUACUUUUAUUAAUGUUUAGUAAGAAUACACAAAAAACACAAAGUAGUAAGAAGAUGCUAAUCAAAAAGAAGGGGUAUACAUUCAAGAUGUUUAUAUUUACCAUGUGACAUUUCAUUCUGCUCAUAGAAAACUACUAUUGUAAAACGAUUUUGCUUAUGAACACUGAGACAAGCAAUGAUUAUAAAAUGUGACAUGUAGUGAAACUGGGCUAUUGUAUAAACUUCAUAUGAACAUCAUUUUACUUUCUUGGCAUAUAUAGUUCAUAUUCAGUAAAAUACAACAUACGCCACAGCAUUCAUAUUCGCUGUGUUAAUGGAUCAAAAUUUUCUGCUUCAUACAAAUUAUUUUGGUUAUUAAGAAUCUACAUACUGCAAAAUAUGGUUGCCAGUCCUGGAAGUGGUUCCGUAUUCCUAUGGGAUCUAAUAUAUAUAGCUAGAAAAAGUAUCACAAAUUUCUGGAAAUGAGAAGAGCUUGUCCGGAUUUUGAUGGUGUUUCACUUCUGUUCAGAACAUUGUCAGUGAAACUAAGGGCUAGAGGCCCACGCAGCCUAUUAAACAAAUUAGCAUCAUGGA